GAUAUCCAUUCACGCGCCAAAUGCCAAUAGGUAGCAUAGAAUUCUGGGCCAUGCGUAGAGCAACAAAUACUACGGAGAAAUUAUACUGUAAUGUAUACAGUGUUGUUACUCGUUUUUAUCUUUCCAAUAUUUGAAUGUAAUAUUUUCUUUUUGUAGUGAUAGGUAAUAAGUUUUAAGUGCGAUUUUUAUUUAUAGUUUUAAAUUACCUGUAUGACAUUAUUUAGACGUUUAAGUAUUAUUUUUAAUCGUAGUUACACGCGUAAAUUCACUGAUUAGUGAUUACGUAUUAUGUAGAUACUUUGGUAUAUUCACUACUAUCAACGAGUUACCAGUGGCCACAUGAGUCAAUAGCUGGUACGCGGAUACGCCACUUAAUAGUGGCUAGUACAAUAAAUACCUACAUUAAUAUUUGUCAAUGUUAAGUGUAAUGUGUCCAUUUGAAGCUGUACAGUUAAAUUUUAGAAUGGCAUUUUAGUAUUUUUUUUUAAACGAUGGAUCCCAAUAAUUUACCACAUCAUGUGUAUCUGCACAAAGACCACAAGUAUAAAUUGAAACUUGGUUUUCAUGCAGCGCCCAGUAAUCCAAAAGCGUUUUCAAAAGCUAUUAGAGAUGAACUUAAUAGUUUAAAGUUUACAUACUGUUCUGAUUUAGAUGGACUGAUUAUGGGAUUUGGUAAAAUAAGUUCGAACGAACUUAUUCCAGCCGAUAUUCGACAUUGUAUCAGUGUAGUUGUCAAUGUUGAUGUAUAUAUAUUCAGACCUCCAGUUGGUUCUAUAAUUGAAGCUAUAGUAAACCAAACUAGUGAUAAUCAUGUCAGUUGUUUAGUACACAAUUUGUUCAACGUUUCAAUAGUACGACCUGAAAAUGAACCGUACGACCAGUGGUCAGGAUCUAAAAUUAAAAAGGACGAUAAGAUUGAUGUUAGAGUUUUAUCUUUUGAUCUCACAAAAAAACUUCCUCAUAUUACAGGAGAAAUAAUUAAAAAGAAGAAUGAUAAAUGUUAUGACUCGACAGAUAUACAAGACAGUCCUACAAAAUCUUCAUCCUCAAAAAAUAUUGUAAGUGAUUUUACUAAAUCUUUUAAUAAGAAUACUGCAAGUCCUUCAAAAUCCUCAUCAAGUGAUUCUGAAUCUUCAACUGAAAUGACCAAUAUAACUAUGCCUAAAAUAAGUGCUGAUAAAUCUAUUAAAACAUCACCAUUAUCAAUUAAUACUACCAUGAAACAUUCAGAAAAAGUAGACCUUACUGUUAAUUCUUCAAAGCUUUCAUCGAGUGAUUCUGAAUCUUCAACUGAAAUGAUCAAUAUAACUAUGCCUAAAAUAAGUGCUGAUAAAUCUAUUAAAACAUCACCAUUAUCAAUUAAUACUAUCAUGAAACAUUCAGAAAAAGUAGACCUUACUGUUAAUUCUUCAAAGCUUUCAUCGAGUGAUUCUGAAUCUUCAGAUGAAAUGAUCAAUAUCAUGACUAGUUCUGUAAUACGUGAUGAUAAACCUGUAAGCAAAUCAUCUAUAACGACCAAUACCAUUAUUCAACAUGAGGAUACUGCUGAAAGUUCUCCAGAAUUAUCAGAUAGUGAUUCUGAAUUUUCUUCUAAAAUUAAAGCUAUGUUGUCCACCUUUAAAGAAGAAGAUAAAAGUAAAUCUACUAAAACAGCAUCACAUAUUCGCAACAGCAUUAACAAUAAUAAACACAUUGAAAGCCCAUUAUUCAGUUCUACUCCUAUUUUAAAUUCUGAACAUUCUGUGAAUAAUAUCAAUUUAAUUAGAAAUAAGCAAAAAGAGCAAUUAAAAAAACAUUUGGCCAAAAAUAGUACUGAAAAACAAAAAUCAUUGGUUUCUGAUAAAGAAUCUAAUAAAUUUGAUAAGGAUAGUUUGUCUCAAUCUUUAAAUAUUUUAAAAAAUAACAAUAACAAUGAUUCACUUAAAGUAUUUGCUGAUUCGAUUAAUAGUAAUGAAAAUUUUGUUAAUGAUAAUAAAAUUAAUCAAAAUAAUAGCCAGAAAAGUGGUUCAGUGACAAGUGACAGUGAACUAGAACAAAAAAACAUUUCAGUUAAUAAUUCAUUUUCAAAGAAACUUGGAAAAUCUACAAAAAAGACUAAAAAACAUAAAAAAUCAAAUGUAAUAGUAAAUGCAAUCUUAAAUUCAAUUAACACAAGUAAGACUAAUGUUAAUAUUCCCAAACAUUUGGUUGAUUCUAAUAAUGAAUGUAUUGAAGACAAUAAAGAAGAAAACACAGUGUAUACACAACAUAAACAUAAUUUAGAAUCUAAAAUUUUAGAUGAAGAAAUACUUAAUAAUUGCAAAACUUCAAAUGAACAAGCAGUUAAAAAUUCUUUGACAUUAAGUUUGAGUACUAAGAAUAUUAAAAAAAAAGAUACUCCCCAAAAGAAAGAUACAGAUGAUAGUAAAAACCAAAUAAAAGAUAAAAAACUUCAGAAAAGUUUGAAUCCUGCGUUAUCAAUGAUAUCUGAUUCAGAUAGUAAUUGUAGUAGAGAUCUUAAAUUAGCAGUAAAAGAUUUAAGUCGUACUUCUGAUUUCAAUGAAAAGAUUGAAAAUGAAACAAGUAGCUCUGAUGAUGAAAUUUAUUCAAAACUUAAACAAAAUAUAUCAAAAAUACAAAUAAAUACAAGUCAUUUUAAUGAAAAACCUAAAAGUCAAUCACUUCCUAAUAAUAAAAUGGAUACUAGUUCUGAUGAAAGUGAUUCGUCAUCUAAACUUUUUUUUAAAACACCUAAGAUAUCUUCAAAGUUAAUUAAAUCAAAUACAGUAAAAAAUGACUCUGCUCAUAUAUCAGAACCCGAUAACAGUAAAAAAGGCAAUGAUAAUUUGUUAUCAAAUGAAAAAAUUAUUAAAAAAGAUAAAAAAAGAAAAAAAGUUAAUGAAAAACCUGUACAUCCUCGAUUAUCUGAAAAAAUUGUUAAUAAAAUGGAUAUUAUUAAGCAAAUAUUGGACAACGAUUCUAGUAGUGAUAAUGAGGAGGUUACAACUCUUAAAAACAAAACUAAAGAAAAUUCUAGAAAAAAACCAACUUUAAAUGUAUCAAAAACAAAUAAAGAAGUUUCAAACCCAUUUUUAAAAGUAUAUACUACAAACGCGACAAACUCAAGUGCUAAUGAGGAAACAGUUGAUAUAAAUUUAAUGAAAUCAAAGAAAAAAUCAUCUGGGAAAAAAGAUAUUGUUCCAUUAGUAAAUGAAGAUUCUAGUAGUGAUAAUGAGGAGGUUACAACUCUUCAAAACAAAACUAGUGAUGAGAAACGAGUCAAUGCAAAGAAUUCUAGAAAAAAACCAACUUUAAAUGUAUCAAAAACAAUUAAAGAUAAUGAAGUAUUAAGUAAAAAAGUUUCAAACCCAUUUUUAAAAGUAUGUACUACAAACGCGACAAACUCAAGUGCUAAUGAGGAAACAGUUGAUAUAAAUUUAAUGAAAUCAAAGAAAAAAUCAUCUGGGAAAAAAGAUAUUGUUCCAUUAGUAAAUGAAGAUUCUAGUAGUGAUAAUGAGGAGGUUACAACUCUUCAAAACAAAACUAGUGAUGAGAAACGAGUCAAUGCAAAGAAUUCUAGAAAAAAACCAACUUUAAAUGUAUCAAAAACAAUUAAAGAUAAUGGAGUAUUAAAUAAAGAAGUUUCAAACCCAUUUUUAAAAGUAUAUACUACAAAUGUAACAAACUCAAGUUCUGAUGAGGAAACAGUUGAUAUAAAUUUAAUGAAAUCAAAGAAAAAAUCAUCUAGGGAAAAAGAUAUUAUUCCAUUAGUAAAUGAAGAAAAGAAAAAAAAUAUUUUAAUUAAACAACUAUUGACUUCUAUAAAACGUAAAAAUAAAAACGAAAAGUUAUCUGUUUCACAGACUAACUUAAAUGCAUCUAAAAGUAAUAACAAACUUUUGAAAAAAGAUAAAUCUUUACUUAAUACUAAAAAAAAAAAAGAUUUUUUAAAUAACUUAGAUAUUUGUAUUGGGAAACCACACCUUGAUGGACCAAAUUUAAAUAUUUACCAAAAAGUUAAUUUGUCGCAAUUAAAUACACAACUUUCUUCUGAUGAUGAUACUGAUGAUGAGAAAGAUGUUAUCAAAAAAAUUUUGAAAAAACGAAAAUUUAAGAAAACAAAAAAUGCUGAAAUACUAGAGCAAACUUUGAAAAGUAAUAUUCCAACAGAAUUAAAUAAACAGAAUGAAAUCAAAGAAAAAUUGCAUAAAAAAUCAAAAUCUCCGGAGAUAUUAAUGACACCUGAAGUAAAGAAUGAUGAUGUAAAAAAGAAGAAGAAGAAAAAAGAUACUAAAGAUUUUCUCUUAAAUAGUAUAAUAAGUGCUUUAGAUGAUUCUUUAAUUGAUCAUCCACCUUCAAAAAAGAAAAAAAAAGAUCAUAGUUUGGAUAUUGAACCAUAUGAUUCUAAGGAUAAAAAUUCUGAUGGUAAUUUAUCAGAAGUUAAGAUAAAGAAAAAGAAAAAAUCAAAGCAUAAAGAUGUUAACUUAAAUGAUGUAACUGUUAAAGAUAAAAAAAAAAAAAGUGAAACAUUAUUAGAAUCUGUGUCGAAAAAUAUUCAAGCAAAUGAAGACAAUACAUUAGUUAAAGUGACCAAAAAAAAAAAAAAAAGUAAUCCUGUUACCUGUGAAACUCAAAGCAUUACUACUGACGAGCAGAGUAAAAUAAACAAUAAACAAGAAGAUAAAAAUGUAAGAAAUCUUAAGAAUACAGUCUCAAGUAAGAAAAAGACUAAAAAACUUUUAGAAAAUCAAAUGAAAAGUUUCAUGGAAACUCAAGAUACUGCACAUUUAGAUAGUUUAUAUAAUUUGCUAAGCUCACAUUUAAAUGAUAAAUCUUAAACUAUAACCAUUUUUGUAUGAUGAAUGAAAUACCAUUAUGUUUUCAGUUUUAUAUAUAGUUUUAAAUAUGUUAUUGUAAUGUCGUUUUUAAACAUUGAAUAAUUAUUUUAUUAAAAAUAAAACCAAAAGGAUGAAAAAAUGUUUAUGUGUAUUUAUAAUAAGUUAACUUUAUGGUUAUACAUUUAUAACUAAGAAUUGUUAAUAUAUUCUAUUUAAAUUACAAGUUUUUAUUUGUUUUGUCAUAACCAAGAUAAUAAUUAUCAUAUGUUAUUAAAAUACAUACUACAUUUAACCAUCGUUUUAAUGUAAUUAACAUUGAAAAAAUUGAUUACAUAUAUUCAAUUUAAGUUUCUAAUACAGUAAUACCUUCUUAAACUGUGCACCAUUAUUUAUCAUAUAUUAAUAUUGAGUUGAACUCUAAAAACUAAUUUAAAAUAAUAAGAUUCAAUUUUUCUUAAUCACAUUUAUAUGGAAACUUCUAGUGUACAUGUACUGACACAUUGUGUGUGUGGUCAUGCGUACAGCAUUUGUAUUCACUUGUGCUAGAUCCCUCUUCUUAGUUCAUACUCUAUCACGCAACUGAUGCUGAUACUAAAUUGAGGAACAAAAUAUUUAAAAUAUAGCCAAUAGUACUAGUAAACUUGUUAAUAUAAUUAUACAAACCAUACAACAUUU